GAAGGCGUAUUCUUUUCUGGAAGAGUACCGGGCAGAAGAGUUCGAAAAGCUGAUGGAAGCGAAGCAACGGUUGCAACAGUUGCGCAAGAAGCGUCCAAAGGAUUCGAUGAUAGCGGCGCAGGAGGACGAGAUUACAAAAGAGAUUAAGCGCCGAGUGCAGCAGGACAAGCAGAGGAGACACAUCGGUCGGCUUCAGGAUGCCGAGAGGGUGCUGAAGGCCGAGGAGAGGCAGAAGGUGAAGGAAACUGGCAAGGUACCGUAUUUUCACCGGAAGAAGGCAGCGAGACAGCUGCUGGUGGAGAAAAAGAAGAAGGAGGCGACCCCGGCCAAGAAGCUGAAAUAG